AUCAACCAAUGCACGAAAUUAUUCACUCUAUCUAUUCCAUUCCAAGCGUCUGCCACACAAGCGAAACCGGACAACCGAUAUUCAAGAAAAAAUCUUUGAUACAAAGUCAUAACUUUACUUAAGGAAAUGAGUAGCAAAGAGGUAAUACUGUCAUCUGCUAGGCAGUUCCUGAACUAUGUGAAUAAGUCACCCUCUCCUUAUCAUGCUGUUGAUGAAGUGAAGAAAAGACUUGUUGCUGCAGGAUUCAAUGAAUUAAAAGAAGCUGACCACUGGCAAGUUCAACCAAAGCAUAAGGUACCAUAUGGGGAAGAUGAUCAAUUUUCCUUAGGAACACAUUUGCGACUCUGUAAAACUGAAUUGGGGGUAGAUAACAAGAUAGAACAUAGACUGGUUCAUGUGGAGAGACCAAUCUUGAGAAUUCCUCAUAUAGCCAUACAUCUACAGCGUGAUCAUAAUGAGAAAUUCUCACCUAACAAGGAAACAAAUGUGUGUCCUGUGUUGGCAACAGAAGUACAAUCAAAGUUAUGCAACAAUGGUCCAAAUUCCCCAGACAGUGAAGGUACAGAGAAUGCUCAACAAUCACAGAAAGACAAGCACCAUUCCCUGCUGGUACAGUUGUUAUGUGAGGAACUGAAGGUAGAAGCUGAUCAGCUGAUGGACUUUGACCUUCACCUUGCUGAUACCCAACCAGCUGUUAUUGGAGGUGUACUAGAAGAAUUUAUCUUCUCACCAAGAUUGGACAAUCUGCUAAAUGCCUAUACUGCUAUGGUGGGUCUAAUAUCAUCGUGUUCUACCUCGUCACUAGAUAAUGACACCAAUAUUAGAAUGAUCAGUCUCUUUGAUAAUGAGGAGGUAGGAUCAAGUAGUGCUCAGGGUGCUGGUUCCAGUUUCCAGGAAUAUGUUCUUCGUAGACUAAGCAGUGGUGGGAACCAGACAGCAUUUGAGGAAGCCAUUCCAAAAUCUUACAUGAUAAGUGCUGACCAGGCUCAUGCCAUACAUCCGAACUACAGUGAUAAACAUGAGAGCAACCAUCAACCAGGGUUUCACAAGGGUAUAGUUGUCAAGAUAAACGGUAACCAACGUUACGCCUCCACAGGUAUCACUAAUACUAUACUGCGAGAAGUAGGAAGAAUGGCUGAUAUACCUCUACAAGAUUUUGUUGUAAGGAAUGAUUCUCCAUGUGGCUCAACCAUUGGUCCAAUAAUGUCAGCAAAACUUGGUAUGGCUACAGUGGAUAUCGGAGCCCCACAGCUCAGUAUGCACUCUAUAAGAGAGAUGUGCUGCACCUCUAGUGUAUGGCAGGCUCAAACUCUGUACCAGACUUUCUUUGAGCGUUAUCCUGAAGUUUACAACUCCCUAAACUUCUAAUCAACAUUGAGAUGUCAGACAGACUUUGAGAUGUCUAGGUGACCUCUAGACAUGUAUACAAAUGCAAGACGUCUCACACUGCUGUGAUUACAGUCAUAUUUAUUAACAUCAAUUAAGAUACAUUCAGUUUUGUUCAGCUUUUGAAAUUCACCUGGACAUUGUUGUAAAAGAACUUGUUGUCAAUAUAUAAUGUUUUUUGGGUUGUAUUUCUACUUCUUCUUCAGUUUUUGCAAUCAUUUGGAUAGUAUUAACUUUAAAUUUUACCUCAGACUUUAUUAUUAUCUGAUCAAAGGGUUCAAGUCAAUUGUUAAGUAAUUUGGAUUGGGUUUUUUUGGGUUUUUUUUUUUUUUUUUUUGUUUUGUUGUUGUUUUUUUUUUCUUACUUGGAUAUGUUAGCUCAAAAUAGUUAAUAUUUCAGCUUUUGUGAUAAUUUGUCAUUAAAAUUUUACUAAUAUGGAGGGCUCUUGAUGUGAUUGGGAUGAACUGCACUGUGGAGAUUAUAUUACAAUGAACUUCUUUAAUAUUAUAGUCAGAGUUUUACUAUCAAUUUCUGAUAAUUCUUGAUUUAAAUUUCAAUUUAUUAUAUAAUUUGAAGAUGAUUUUUGUGACUUAUCAUUAUUCAGAGCUGUCAUUGACUACGUCGAAGGCAUAAUAAUAAUAUGAAAAUACACAGAGGCAUAGAUUGGUUGAAAUUUAUGUGUCUGCUAAAUUCUGAUAGCAUUUCUUUCUUUGUUAUUUACUUAAUCAGUCCAUUAAUGUGGAAAUCAUGUGACAUUCAACAAUUAGCUAUUUUUUAAGCAUCUGUGAUCAUCUGUGAAUUAGUUUUGCGACCAGUUUUAAAUGAUUAUUAUAUUUUGUGUUCUAAGAACAAUUUGAGCUAGAACAUAUAUUUUCUUUACUGGUUUCAGUUUUUGUUUUGUUUCAAUUGAAGACUUUUACCAUUAAAAAAAUGAUUAUUGAUUAAAGUAUUGUUCUAUUAUGUCAUUGGUAAUUAUUAAGAAUAUUAUUGAUGGCUAUAUAACAAGUAAUGGUUAAAGAUUUUUUCUGAUGUGUAUUUAUUUUAAUUGUUAAAAGAAUGCUUAAUGGGUUAAAUAAUUCUUCCUUUUCAUUUUUUUAAUCCAUACAGAAUAUUGAUCAUUUAUAAAAUGAUUAAGGGUUAAAAUUUUGAUCUCUAUUUUCUCUUUAUAAAUCAUUAACAUAAUUUCUUAUCAUUAAACUAUUGAUAUAAUUUGUCUGGAUCAUUAUUGAGCAUUUUAAUCUUUAAGUGUACAUUUGUAACCAGGUUUUUCUAAUUUGUGUUUCAAAAUUCAGGGACCUUUUUAUACAAUUUUGAUAAUUUUUUGCUUAUAAAUGAUGCAACAUUUUUAUCUAUUUGGGACCCAUUUAUUUCAAUUAAUUACAGACAUUGAUUUGGAUAAUAUAUAAAUGUAUUUGUGCAUAAUUUAUAUUUGAUUAAUUUCAAUAGGUGUAAUGUUUUUCUUGGAUUUAUUAUGUGUCCUGUCUUUGAUAAGUAAUUAAAAAUGAGAAUGUACAUUUUCAAAAUGUAACUUAAAACCUUUAAUUGACAUUAUGAUCAUUUUUUUUUCACUGUCAAGCUGAGAUUAAUUAGUUGUAUAUAUGUCAAAAGAUUGACUACAUAAAUGGCAAUUGAGCAAUAACUGAUAAUUACAAAUGAGCCCCGUCAUGACAAAACCAACAUAGUGCGUUUGCAACCGGCAUGGAUCCAGACCAGCCUGCGCAUCCGCGCAGUCUGAUCAGGAUCCAUGCUGUUCGCUAACAAACCCUAUUACAAGUAGAGAAACUGAUAGCGAACAGCAUGGAUCCUGAUCAGACUGCGCUGAUGCGCAGGCUGGUCUGGAUCCAUGCUGGUCGCAAACCCAUUAUGUUGGUUUUGUCAUGACGGGGCUCAAAUGUUUAGGAUAAAAUGUAGAAACUGCCUUAAAUAUAAAAAGACUACCCCACUCUUUUUUAUAAAUUGAACAUUACCUAAUAAUUUCUGAAGGAUUUUUAUCGAUAUUUGUGUGGGUCACAGGGUUUACUGAUUACUCAAAUAACGUUUUUUUGUUGUAUAAAAUUGAAAACAAAUAUGACAGAAUGUAAAGUUAUUUUAAUUUUACCUGAACAUUCACCAUUUACUCUAGGAUAGGCUUAAUUUCAUUAAGUGUCAAUGUAAAUUAAUUUCAGCCAAUUUAAAAUUAUUAUUUCAAAGCUAAAGUCAUUAUUUUUUCAGCUUUUGGCAGAACUUCAAAAAGAAAUUAUAAAACUUGACUCACAGCUUUUUAUGAUUGACAGCUUAAAUGGUUUAACAGGCUUUACAAAAAUUGACUCGUAAAUCUAUAUAAACACAGAUUUUGUGGUCGGGUCAUUUAUAACCUGUCAUAAUUUAUUUGCUAAUAUGCUUUAAUUAUUACAAAUACAAUUCUAUGUUGUCUAGGCCACUAUGUCAAUAUUGAUAUUUGAACGGGUGUCCAUGUACUUUCAUAUCAACUAUGGGUGCAUUACUCUGUUAACUAUGUAUGUUAUUUUGAAUAGCAUUUCUAAAUGCUUGGUCAAUUAGAAUAUCAAUAACAAGUUCAUUUAAAGAUUAUUAUAUAUUAAUACAAUUGCAUGUAAUUAAGUUCCUUUUUUUUUUUUGAUAAAUUAUGACUGAUAAAUUUUUAUUUUUGAAUAUUUAAUUACAGAGCAUAUAACAAACCUGUUAUUAUAAGUUUCUGGUUUAAUAUAUAAGCACAAAAUGUAGAGAAAAAUGAAAUAUGCAAUGUACAUGUAUAUGCAUUUUGAUCAUGGUGAAAUCAUGACCACGUUUAAAGGUGGCCAAGUGAGACAUUAGAUCCUUCGAAUUCAUAUUGCUUAGAUAAAUUAAAGGUCAAGGACAUAUAUUCUGAAAGUUAUGGCAGGAUAUUUAGUUAAUAAAAAAUGUAUUUUUCUGUUCAUUUUGAUGUCAAGAUCCAAAAAUAACAAAUUUUAGUACAAACAGAUUUUCAUUAAUUCAUUGAGUUGACUUUAAAAUUAAAAUUAAAAAAAAAAAUUGCCAAAUUAAUUUUAUAUAUCUUAAUCUAUUUCAGUAUAUGUUCUGCAGAGUUAGAGUUACAUAUGUACACUGUUAGAUAUGUACACUGUUAGAUAUGUACACUGUUAGAUAUGUACACUGUUAGAUAUGUACACUGUUGGUUCUGAGGAUAAUUAGGAUAAAAAAGUUCAAAGACCUGUGAAUUUUAUAGUUUAUUUAUUUAUAAAUUAAUACAGGUACAAGUAAAUACACAAUAAAGUAUAAGGCUUCACUAAAAUAAAUAUGCAAUUUUUAAAUGUAAAACUUAUAAAAUGAGUAGUAAAAACAUUAGAUAAAGAAAAUAAACAUUUAUCACAUUAGUAUGAAAAUAUCAAUCUCAUUGUAGUAUAUUAUGAAGGCACUCCGCUCUAGGCUUAAAUAUUUAUGUAUAAAUAAUCUAACAUCCAGGCUGGUGUAAAAACAUAGAAGUUUAGAUACAUGCACCAUUAAAUAGAAUUACUGCACAAUUGUUAGAUAUAUAUAAUACUUUUAGGCAGGACUUUGUCAUUGUUUGUGGCCAGAUAGCUGAAAAUUUUGGUAAAAAUAUUUUCUAGUAAGUGGUACAGUAUUUUUUUACAUGUAUAUACAUGUAUGUUGACUGCAUGAUAUAAAGUUAUAAUUUGGUAACUGAUUUAUGCUUAACACAUUGAAUACUAAAAAAAAAAUUUUUCAUUUUUAAGUUCACAGGUGAAAAACAAAAUCUUUCUACUGAUAUACAGUGAGUGAUAUAAGUUAUAUUUCAGUGAUGUCAGUUUUUUCAAUAGUGUAAAAUAUGCUUUAUUGUAAAUGUAAAAGUGCUACACAAAUAUUGUUAUUAUUUCUUUUUUCUUUCUUUCAAUUAGGAUAGUGUGUAUAUUUUAAUAUGCAACUUUAUAUUGUAUAGAACAGAAUAGAACAAAAUAUUUAUUUUUAGUCUUGAGCUCUUCCCAACCCUUUAUAAAUAUAAAUCAUGUAAAUUCAAGUCAGAUUAUUUACAAAAUCUACAGCAAAAAUUAAUGACAGACAACCUUAUAUGACCUUUGACCAUUCAUAAAAUAUAUAUCUUGUUUCCAAUACAUUACAAAAAUGUAGGUACUUUUGAUUGUUGAUACAAUAACAUAUGUUUAACAGAUAUGAAUUUAAUUAUUGAGCAU